AUGGGUUUUCGUUUACCAGGAAUUAGGAGGACUUCCUUCGCUGCCAAAGUGAGCUCUGCAAAAUGUGCUGAAGUGCCAAAGGGACAUCUCGCAUUAUAUGUUGGAGAGGAAAUGAAGAGAUUUGUUAUCCCUAUAUCAUACUUGAAUCAGCCUUCUUUCCAAGAAUUGUUAAGUGAAGCUGAAGAAGAAUUUGGGUUUGAUCAUCCAAUGGGUGCCCUCACCAUUCCUUGCACAGAAGAUGUCUUCCUAAAAGUCACUACUUGCUUCAACGGGUGCUAGCUUGCAGUGACAGUUUUAACUUAG